AUGUCUCCAUGGUCGUCUGAGCUUACAGAAUGUUUCCAAUCUAUCAAACCAGAUCUUGAAUCCGACUUUACACCUGCGGCUUACAACAAGCUUUUGAACACACUAUUUCCCGUCAAUACUCCCUACACCGUCUUCCCUCAGGUUCACAGACAUGAAGACAUCACGACACCGUCUGCACGAACUACAUUUACGAUUUACUACAGGAAUACUCCUGUCUUCAUCUUAGACCUCCACACCUACGCCAAUCUUGCCCGAAUAUCUGCGCGCGAAGCGGCUGAUGAACACAUUCGUAUGCACAUCCGAGACUUGCUUCCUUACUGCCCACUGCCUACAUUGCACGCGGUCAGCGCAUUUGGGACAAGACUCUGCUUCUACACAACAACGGCUGGGCAGGCGAUUCUUCCUGCUCGAGCGGCUGUCGAAGAGGAUUCGGCUCAUAGGACACCGGUCGACUGGUGGGACUGCGAUCUGCUGGAUGACGACGGUGCGAUCAGGUUGAAGGAGGUGGUCAACAAGAUCAGGAAUCAGUGCGAGAAUCUGUGA